CCCUUCCUCACCCUUGUCAUUUGCCGAUUGAACCCCACAUCUGUGAUUUCUCAGCAGGCAAAGAUAAAGUCUAAUCAACUGAGCUGGGGUGGGGACACCGAUGACGACUACAAUGCAGCCACAGCCAUCGAUUCCUCAAGGCUUUGGAGGGGAUCGCCAAUUGAAGAAAGAUAUUCUUCUUGUCUGUCAAGCAGACCAUGACAAUGUUUUCACAGCCAUCGAUGAACUGGCGUCUCGUGAAGCAGAGUGGGAGCCCAUGCUUGGUGCAUUAUUGCCAGACGCCAACCGGCAUACGCGGCUGAGGCAGGAAGCCCAAGAGCUCUGCACGAGGUUUCCGAUUGGUUCGGAUCGGCCGCUCCUUUUUGGGGUGCUUGUUGGGGUGAAGGACAUUAUCCAUGUCGCGGGGAUGAAGACGCGAGCAGGCAGCAGACUCCCACCCGAACUGCUGGAAGGGGAAGAAGCGGAGGUGGUUGCGAAGCUGCGCGAGGCGGGCGCCCUGAUCCUGGGGAAAGUGCAGUGCACGGAAUUUGCGUUUUUCACCCCUGCAGCAACCCAAAAUCCUACUGCAGUUGGCCACACUCCUGGUGGUUCCAGCUCGGGGUCAGCGGCUGCAGUAGCAGCUGGUCUAUGCCGUCUUGCGCUCGGGACACAAACCACUGGGUCUAUUUCUCGCCCCGCAGCAUAUUGUGGCGUCGUUGGGUAUAAACCAUCUUACGGAAGAAUUCCUUUGACAGGUUCAGUCCCAGCCUGCAAACCCACAGAUCACAUGGGAUUCCUGGCUAGCGACAUGGAGAUCCUAGAAGCAGCAUGCGCAAGCUGCCUUAGCAAUUGGAAGCACGCGGUAGAAAGGGGUCACAAAAUUCCGGGAAACGGGGACGGAGGGACUGGCGUCCUCGCCGUCCUGCAAGAUGGAGAUGGUGAUCGCGAAAUGGGGGAAAGAUCAAAUGCAGAAGGGGCAGUUGUGGGCAAAAUGGCAGUGCCAGCACAGUGUGCGCCGAGUUACGGAAAGCGGAGGCUGUGUGUACCCUUAGGACCACUCAUGGAACUUUGUGAGGCUGAUGUGCUUGCAUCCUUCGAGGACACACUUCAACAAUUGAGCCAAUUGGGGUGGGUCAUUGUUCGUCUAACGGCAUUCGAUGAUUUAGACAUGAUCAGAGAAUCUCACCGCCGUCUCAUGCGGUUUGAGUUUCUGGAAACUCACGAAGCCUGGAUCACGGAGUUUGGACAUCUGUACAACCUGGAAUUGUUGUCGUUCAUACGGUCUGGUUCGGAGGUCACGGAAGCGGAAGCUAUAAGGGUAAGGGAGGCAUUCAAGGAACUGCGCCACCACAUUCGCGACUUCAUGUACGAGCACGACGUCCAUGCAUGGAUCACGCCAGGGGCCACAAGUGCGCCACCUGCUGGCCUUGGAUCUACUGGCAACCCCUUCAUGCCUGUGAUUUGGUCCGUGGCGGGCUUGCCGUCGGUCACUCUGCCAUCUGUGUUUCUCCCCAUGCCCGACUCCAUGGAGUGCAGCAAUUCAUCUUCAGCUGGAGUACUUCCCAUGGCAAUCACGUUGGCCGGGAGAUGGGGUGAAGACGAGGAGAUACUUCUGCUUGCUAAGGAGAUAGAGAAGGCUCUUGAUGUUCCCGCACCGAAGCGCAUGUCCUCCUGGCUCAGAAAGAUUGCCACAUGACAAUUCUUUUUUAGAAGCUGGCCCAAGGAAAAACUUUCCAGACAGAGCCUGAGGGUGAAUGCAUCGAACCUGCACAACAACCUGAUAAGCCUCUUUCACGAAGAAGGCCUACCCUUCACACAAAUGUUGCUCUCGCUCGUAACAUUCUCUUCUUGAUACGUUGAAUAAGCGAUACAUGAAGGAUGCAGUCGUAGUGCAGCGUUAUCUUCUACCGGGCUCGCAUUCCUUCGAUCUGUACAGCGUCAGCAUGCAAUGUAGUAGUUGUGUCGAAGCCCCCAUAUUUUAUCAAGGUAAUGUCGUAGUUGUGUCGAAGCGGCCAUAUUAUAUCAAGGUGGAUGCCUGAACCCCACCACAGAUCUCCAUUGGAGACAGUUCAACAGGAGCACCAGCAGUAGCAGUAGCAGUAGCAGUAGCACUAGCACUAGCAAUAGCAAUAGCAAUAGCAAUAGCACAAGCCAUAAUAGCUCCAGCAAUAACACUAGCAGUGGCACGAGUAGUAGCUGUCAUAGUUGUUGCUGUUUCCAUUAAGGAUAAGUUUUGCUUUAUGCUGGGACCUUUAGGGACCAGAUGUCUAGCUACAACUAUGUUCAUUGUUUCGGGAUGUCAUGGUAGUGAAUGGCAUCAAUACAACUACUAAUAAAAAUCACGAGUACCAUCCAGUACUAAUAUAUGACAAUAAAGAGAAUAGUAAAUA